GGGUUUUGGGUUUCCCCUUCCUCAUCCUUUAAAACCACGGCUGCCUACUACCGUAGCCCUUUCUCUCAUCUCCGUUUUUCUCUGAGCCCUAAUCCUAACCCUAGCCAUGUCUCUUGUUGCAAACGAGGAAUUUCAGCACAUUCUUCGUGUGCUCAACACUAACGUCGAUGGGAAGCAGAAGAUCAUGUUUGCCCUCACUUCCAUCAAGGGUAUUGGUCGCCGUUUCGCCAAUAUCGUCUGCAAGAAAGCCGAUGUCGACAUGAACAAAAGAGCUGGUGAACUAUCUGCUGCUGAGCUCGAGAACCUGAUGGUGAUUGUGGCGAAUCCUCGUCAGUUUAAGAUCCCUGACUGGUUUCUGAACAGGAAGAAAGAUUACAAAGAUGGUAGAUAUUCUCAGGUUGUUUCUAAUGCAUUGGACAUGAAGCUCAGGGAUGAUCUUGAGCGUUUGAAGAAGAUCAGGAACCACCGUGGUCUUCGACACUACUGGGGUCUACGUGUACGUGGACAACACACCAAGACAACUGGCCGCAGAGGGAAAACUGUUGGUGUCUCAAAAAAGCGUUAAAUCUCCCUUUCUUGGAUUUCCUGUUCCUCCUGCGAAUUUUGUUUGCUUUCCAAUUUUUCUCAAGUCCAUCAUGUCUCUAGUAUGGUUGUUCAGGUGAAUGCAUAUGGUAUUCCCGUUUCACUUAUCUUUCAUCAGUGUUCUCCUCGAUUGCUUGAUAGUUAUUCAAGAGAGGGUUUUGGUAUGGUAUUCGGUUACAUUAAUCGCUACUGGUAGUGAUAAAAGAGGUCUCUGGAUUUGAAUGUUCA